GACGCGACAGUUUAAUAACUGAAAUGUCACUUGGGGGGAACUUUGGAAAACCGUUAUUUGGUUCACAGACUACUAGUGCUGCUUCUUUUGGAAGUGCAACUCCAACUUUUGGAGGUCCUAGCCCAUUUGCUACUUCUCAGAGCGCUCCUUCGUUCGGUUCGAGUCCCAACGUUUUCCAGGGUGGUUCUGUCUUCGGUGGUGGCGGUACUCCAAGUAGUGUGACGCCGCAAGCAGGAUUUGGAGUACCACCUUCAGGAGCAGCUCCCUCUUCAGUUCCUCCAUCACCGUUUGGACAGGCACAGCCCGCCUUUGGCAACGCAGUUACGAAUGUCAAUCCCGGACAACCUGCUUUUAGUCAACAUACCCCUUCGUUUUUCGGAUCUGGAUCGAAUUUUGGUAAUUCUCAAGCUGUCUUUGCUUCAUCGACUCCUUUCCCAGCAAGUAGUUUUAAUCAACCCUCUUUUGCAGGAGGCGCCAACUCCUUGGGAGGCUUCGGUUCUGUAGGCUUAGGUACACAAACAACUCAAAGUGUACCGACAUUCGGUAACAGUUCUGUUGCAUUCGGAGCAAAGAGUGUUCAGAGCACUAUUCCGCUCUCAACUAGCGCUUUUGGCAACACCCUUCCUAACGUCUCUACGAGUCUCGGUCAGGGUUCCGCACAAGGAAAUACUUUGAAAGGGACAGGCAACCCUAAGUUUCAACCUAUACAAGAAUAUGAUGGUGGUGGAGUGAACGUAAAGUAUAUGUCUAUUUCAAGAAUGCCAGAUUAUCAAGAUAAAUCCUUUGAAGAACUGCGCUACGAAGAUUAUCUAUUGGGAAAAAAGAAUAGUUCUUCUCUUUCAACAUUUCAACCUGUUGGAAGUGGUUUUGGUACAUCUUCUAUCAAUACAGGGUUUGGAGGACCUUCGAGUAGUCUCUUUGCUUCCUCGCCUGCCAUAUCAACUCCAGGCUUUGGCGCAUCUACCAGUUCGCUCUUCGGCAAUACUUCUACAGCGUUUGGUUCUUCGCAACCAUCCUCAGUCCCAGGGUUUGGGUUGGGUUCGUCUCCUUUCGGUCAGACGUCAACAGGAUUUGGCUCAAGUUCUUCAGUCUUUGGUGUUUCCACUCCGGUUCCAGCUUUUGGCUCACAAAGCGGUGCUCCCUUUCAGGCAGCGACAACUUUUGGAUCAAGCUCUUCUUCAUCGAGUUUAUUUAGCAGUAAUUCCAGUCAAAAGCCUUUUUCUGGAUUUGGUACAUCUAUGCCAAACCAACAGCUCGGUAGUUUUGGCUCUACUUCUAUCUUUGGAAAUACAUCGACUGCACCCGCAUUUGGAGGCUCAUUUGGAAAUACAAGUGCGCCUAGUCAACCUACACUUAAUCUUGGCUCUUUUGGUUCCAGUUUUGGUGGUGGAAACAGGUUUGGCUCUGCUUCUAGUAGCUCAGCUUCUUUUGGUUCUUCAACUUUUGCUUCUUCUAGUCCAUUUGCCAACUCAUUUGCGUUUGGAGCGGAUUCAUCGAAGCAAAGUGGUUCAUUGUUCGGUGGAGGAUUUGCGACAUCUCCGCAAACAACCUCAGCAUUAUUUGGAAGUUUACCAGCAGCUUCUAGCGGUACAUCUCUUUUCGGCUCAUUUUCUUCAAGUAAUCCAACAACCAAUAUUCUAUCUCCAAUGGGACAGCAGUCGAACACUGGAGGAUUCGCAGCACCUGCUUUGGGUAUUAGUGGUGUUGGAAACUCUUUUUCAGGACUACAAAGUUCCAGUUCAGGGCUCUUUGGUUCAACACCAACUUUUUCCGCACCUUUCCAACAAAGUUCCUCAUUUUCUAUGGGAAGUGCUCCUUUAUUUGGAACUCAAAACUCAAGCAUUUUACCGAAUAAUCUACAGGGGCAACAGAACUGGUCAUUUGCAACUUCUCAAAGUGUUGCUUUCAAUGAUAUGAAUACCCCAUAUGGAAAGAGUCCUAUCUUUGAAGCAGCCUCUUUGUCACUUGGCAAGUCUUCAGGCACGAACAACUCGCUUGAAAGCACUAACUCUUCAACCAGCCUGUCUUUUUCAAAUGGCAGUUCCAUUGCAAGGCCUUCUGCUCGCUCAUUUGCUCGUAUUCAUGCUAGAAGUCUACGUUCAUCGUUGUCUUUGAGUUCUCCUUUAUUUGAAACAAAAAAACCAGUAUCUGUAUUUAGUCCGGAACACUUCACCUUGGUAGAAGCAGAUGGCAGUAGUCCUUUGUUAAAGUCGCCAGCCAUUGGAAGAUCGGAUAUGAAACGGUUAAUUAUUACCCCAAGAUCAGAUGUCAAAGGAGACAUUUCAAAUGGAGAGUGGAGAAAUUUUGCUAGUGGCUGGAAGUCGCCUCCUGAAAGGAAGCUUUCGUUUCCUUCGUCAUCGCCUACGGUACAGUCUUCAGAGGAACUUGAGAAAACAAAUGGAUUGAUUUCCUCUCCAACAGAACGUAAAACCACAGAUUUGCUAGAACAGAGUCAUGUUGCCAAACCUACUCCAUUGCGAUCUCCUGGACAGUAUUCGGGUAACCUUAGAUCUCCUUCAGUGUAUUCGUCAUAUCGAGAAUUUUAUGAAGAACACUUGUCACCGGAGGCCUCUAGGUUAGAGUCUGUUUCAAAAAUGGAUGAAAGGAGUAGCGCUCCUAUUUUGACAAAACCUACCUAUUUUACUUCCCCAAGUAUAGAAAAACUUCGCAGGAUGGGAGAUGAGGAUCUUAGUCAUGUAUUCCACUUUACUGUGGGCCGAAGAGACAUAGGAGAAAUUCAAUGGUAUGGCGAAACAGACGUACGCAACUUGGAUCUUGACCGCCUGGUUAUUAUUGAAAACCGUGAAGUGACUGUUUAUCCGAAUGAAUCAGAAAAGCCCGAAGUUGGUAUUGGCCUGAAUAAACCUGCAAAAGUGAGCCUUCACAAGGUUUGGAAAAUGGAUAAAAAGACAGGACAACCACUGAAGGACGUUGCCAGUGUUACCAACUUUACUGCGAAGCUGAAGUCUCAUUGUGAGAAACAAGGUCUAACAUUCUUAGGAUAUGACGCUACCCAAGGCACGUGGUCUUUUGAAGUCCCUCAUUUUAGCAGGUAUGGGCUUCCAGAUAGCGAAGAUGAGUCGAGUGAAGAGGAAGUUGUACUUGAAAGCAGUUUGGGGCACACAUCUGCUUCCUUGAACCUUGUAUUUGAUAAGGAAAUCGAACGAAUUCAUGAAGAUGAAGCAGAAGAUGAGUUUCCAACUGUGGAACGAAUGAACAUUAAGGAGUCAGUGGACGAAAAAGUCGGCACUUCUAAAGAGAGUCAGAUGGAUUUGAACACGUUUAUUCACUCAAAAGAUGGCAAGAAAUGGACUUCUUCUAGAAUGCUUUUAUCAUCGAGAAAAAAUCCUUUCAAGUCGAAUAUAUUUUCGGCAGAAUUAGGUAAAACACCAGAACAGCAGUUUUUUUCCUCAAAUAGUAAGAUGGAAGAGAGCCAACCCAAUAAGCAACAUUUUGACUUGCGAAAUGUGAUACAAAAGUCUCCAUCUUCUAUGAAAACUUCCCCAGAGCAAGUGCCUGGUUGGUUGAAUGCGGAGUCAUUUAAAGAUGAAAUAGAAGAACCCAUGCAAAAGGGCUCAACUAAGAAUCGCAAAUUUACUCGACGGUUUUUAGAGUUGUGUUUUCGAGUGUCUUUGAACAAUUCGUUCCUUUACACAGAAACAGAAAUGAAAGGGAAGCCACUUUCAUUUUUGAGUCGUUCUUUUAGAGCCAGUGUAGGCCCAGGCUUUCAAGUCGCUUUUCCAAUUCCAAGUUUUAUGGAAUCUAAUCGACCCUUUAUUUCACCUGUUUUUAUUCAUGAGCAAGCUGAAGAGUGGGAACAUUCAUUUAUUCAAAAGACCCUUCGGAUUCAUUUCUCUUCUUGGAAACUGAGCUUUGAUACCGAAGAAAUGAACGAUUCCUUUGUGUACAGACGUCCCAGUUUUCGAUUUCCCUUUAGGCAUCGUGAGGUUGUCAUGAAAACACUGCAACAUCUUAUUUUAGAAGCAGGUUUUAGUGGUAAUCAACAUUUUGAGCUUGUCCUUCGACUUUUGCUUGUUCUCUUUGUCCAAAAUAUUGACCUCGACCAGGAUACUAGAACAUCACAUGAUAUUGAGUUGCUUUUAUUUAGGCGUCAUCUGUCAGGUUGGUUGCAGAAUUUUGCUUGUACCUGGUCGCAAGAGGAGAGAAAUCCUGCUCAAGAUCAAUUUCUUUAUAUUUUUCACUUGUUAACUAGAGGUGAGAUUGAACAAGCUGUGAAGUUUUGUAGUGAGACGAAGAAUUUCCGAUUGGCAUGUAUGGUUGCUAAGGGUAUGCAGUUGCAAGAUGAAGGCUAUCGAUCGAGUUGUUUGAAGAUUCAUCGUUUCUAUUGUGGACACGUACCGAAGGAUUUGGAUCGUAUUUAUGCUUUACUAAGUGGGGAUAUUUUACAUGCUACCGAGAAUCUUUCGUUAUCUUGGUAUAGGACUUUUGGGUUGCAUUUCUGGUAUGGCUCAGGGGCUUUGGUAACUGAUUCGGAUGGACUAAAGUGUUCUCUACAAUCAUAUAUUGAUGAAUGGCAAAGUAAUGAAUUUGUUGCUCCUCCAGUUCCACCUCAUAUUGUGAUAACAGUACCCGAACAUGAACAGUUAGAAGCCUCAAAAGGUUUGAAAUCAGACAGUCUCAUUUACGAUGCUUGCUAUGUAUUGUUAUGCAUUGCCGCAGAUUUGUAUCCCGAACAUGUGCAAUGGAUGCACCUAGCCACUCCAUUAGCAUAUGGCGUAGUUUAUGAUGCCUUGGAUGCUCAUAAACCUUGGCUAGUUUGUGAGAUUCUGUCAAGCAUUUGUGCGACAUCGUAUUUGGAACCCAAGGUUAUCAUUUCGUUUGCUAUUCAACUGGAAAUGAUGCAUUUGUAUACUUGGGCAUUUUACGUACUGUGGUCUUGUGAAGUCUUUGGAAAUAAUAACAUGUUUUAUCUGAAAAAUGUAUUUAUCCACUGGUUUCCUUGGAUUAUAGUGGAAGAAGUAGAAGGAACGGAUGGAAAGCUAUCGUCAGAUAGAUUUUUACGUGAAGAACUUGGUGUGCCCGCUUCUUGGUUUGAAGAAGCGGCAUGUAUUUAUUCUCGAUACAACUUUCAAUUUAUAGAAGAGGUUGAUCAUCUUUGCGUCUUGCUACAUAUGGAAGCAGAUGAAUAUCCUCUUUUUAGUUGUGUUCAUUUAGCUAAUCGAGCGCAUCAAGUCGUCUUAGGUCGAGCAGCUCCAAGUGUGUUUGUAUUGGACACCAGUAGUGUUCAGUGGAGGAAACUCAAAAAGAUACUAAGUGUAUUAGGUGCCAUAGAUAGAGAUUAUCCAGGCAUGAUACGAGACUACAAGAAUGGUGGUAGUAUUCUGGAAGGAAUAUGUUCCAUUAUACAAGGAUUUCGUUUAUCACUUGAAGAUUUGGAAAGUUUAUUGAAAAAUAUGGAAUUAUUUUCAUCGCUUGUGAGUAAUCUUGGAUGUUCGAAACAAGGAGACAUGACUUUGGAGCUCUUUAUUACUUGUAUAUUCUCACAUGUUUUUCGAGAAACAUGGAAACAGCUAAUGGAAGAUACGGAUGACUCCAAGUUUCAAAGACUUGCGAGUUGUUUGGAAACUCUACAGUAUUCUUCACAUGUUCCUUGGAGCUGCAAACAAUUCAUUCAUAACUUUAUCGAAACAUAUCGUUCCUCCGGCAUUUCUUUUACCCGAGAAUUGUCGACACGAAGCUAUUUUCAAUUGUUUGAUUUAUGGUUUCCACGAAAGUUGGUUGAAUAGAUUGUCAAGGCAGAAGUAUUGGUAGGACUGAAGUGUAUAUGAAGGAAAUGGAUAAAAGAUUUCUUGUCAAA